AUGCAGGGCUGUGAUUGGUCAGUGGCACAGAUGCAGGGCUGUGAUUGGGCUGUGAUUGGUCAGUGGCACAGACAAGGGGAGGGGCCACUGAUAAGGAGCGGCAUCAGUGAACCUCAGUCAGUGCUGAGUUUAGUGAUGGAGAAACAGGUGCCUCUGCUGCUGCUGCUGCUGCUGUGGCCUGUCCUCGCGGCUCACAUACCGGACCAGGAGAGUCAGGACCUCCACACGGUGCUCCGGGACCUGAGAGCUGCUCUGGCUGAACACCAGGUGAAGAUCGAGCUGCUGCAAACUCUCAACCAAGGUCAGACUUCACACACACCAGGUGAAACCAGGUGA